GGGCGUAAAGAAGCCCGAAAGGAAGGAGGUGAUAGAUAAGGGGGCCUGGGGUGAUGUGGUGAGGAGAGAGGGGUGACGCCAAAAGCAGAGAGCUCGGGACCGCUUAUUUUUGCCGAAUCCUUUUUCCUUUUGGGCACUACAAGCCUUUCAAGCCAAGCAAUUCGAGCUCGCACGCUUCGAGCCUGAAGUGAGAGAGCUGUCCCUUCCCCCCACAACUUCGGCUCUGUUUCACCAGACAUGUAUGUAUAUAUAUAUAUGGUAUGCGCCUUUAUCGGUUUCUCAUCCACACUUCACGAAUGUACAGCUGAUGCUGCAUCAAGAGCCACUGGUACCAGAUACGACGACCCACGUCGUUUGAUUAGUUUGUGAGUCGAAUGGGAGCUUGCCGGUAGUACACGGGUUGUUGAGCGUGGAGUGAUUUGACCAGGAGGCAAUUCGGAAUGCUCGGGAAAAUGCCUCCUUUUGAUCUCAGCAGCAUUCAAGAAAAUCUCUCCACCCAGUUGAGGCCUUGGCAGCGUUCCUUUCAGUUCUGGGUGCGAGCGGUUGAUAUCUACGCUGGUUACAAGGUGUUGCAAGUGCGAGUGUGUCUCGAGAAGGAUAAGCAGAAACAGGAGGCAAUGUGGGAGAGGCAACACGAGCUUGCGGCUGACAAGAUAUAUGCUAUGUGCUCCGACCUUGGCGGGUUCUUUCUUAAGGUAGCCCAAAUCGUUGGGAAGCCCGACUUGGCCCCAGCUGCGUGGGUCAGAAGACUUGUUACACUAUGUGACCAUGCUCCUGCUACACCAUUUGAUGUUGUUCAGUUGGUGCUGGAGAGAGAGUUGGGAAGAAACCUGGGGGAAAUGUUUGAAAAAAUUGACAUAGAUCCUCUUGGUUCUGCGUCAAUUGCACAGGUACAUCGGGCCAGACUGAAAGGUGAUAAGAGUGAUAUAGUUGUGAAGGUGCAACAUCCUGGAGUUCAGGAGCUGAUGAUGACAGAUAUCCGCAACAUGCAAGCAUUUGCUUUGUGCAUACAGAAGACAGACAUUAAAUUUGAUCUUUACUCGGUUACGAAGGAAAUGGAGAAACAGAUUGGUUACGAGUUUGAUUUCAUGCGGGAGGCUGAUGCCAUGGAAAGAAUUAGACGUUUUCUGUUGGAGUCUAAUAAAAGAUCUCCUGUAUUGGUCCCACGGGUCGUAAGGAAUCUGGUCACAAGGAGGGUUUUAGUGAUGGAAUACAUUGAUGGAAUUCCCAUCAUGAAUCUUGGUGAGGAAAUUGCAAAAAGAGGAAUAAAUCCGCACGGCAAAGUUGCAGCAGCAGCAAAGCAGAACAUCCUUAGCAGCUUGACAGAAGCAUAUGGUCAAAUGAUUCUGAAGAGUGGCUUCUUCCAUGCAGACCCUCAUCCAGGAAAUAUUCUCAUUUGCAAAGGUUCACAGGUGGCCUUGCUGGACUAUGGGCAAGUGAAGGAUCUCCCAGAUAAGCUGAGACUGGGAUACGCUAAUCUGGUUCUUGCUAUUGUGAAUCGAGACCCUGUGAGGGCAUGUGAGAGCUACAGGGAGCUGGGCAUAGAUACGUUAAGCAAAUGCCAAAAUGAACAGCAGGAAUUGUUGAGAUUGGCAGAGACGAUGUUUGAUACAAAGUUGCCUCCUGGUGUUGCGACGCUGCAACCGUUCUCUGAGGAAUCUUCUAUAAAAAAAAUUGCGGUUCAGGCUUUUCCAGAGGAGCUAUUCUCUGUCCUUCGGACUGUGCAUCUGUUAAGAGGUCUGAGUGUCGGUCUCGGAGUCAACUACUCAUGUGCUGAACAGUGGCGACCCUUCGCAGAAGAAGCUUUGAUUGCUGCCGGCAGAUUAGAAGGAACCGAUGUGAAGCCUCGAAGGCGUAGACGCAGUCUGAUGAAGAGAUUGUUGUGGAGAGGAUGACCAACUCCAGAAGGAGUUCAUUCAGCAACUAAUAAUUAUUUACAGGUUUAAUGGGUCAGCGAUUUUUGGUGUACCUUGGUCCAUGUUAUCUGAUUUCCUGUGUAGAAAGACUGCCAUUUUUGUUGGUGCUGUUUCUACAUUUUUUGUAUAA